AUGGUUGGCAUCCCAAGAAGCAAAGGCUGUCGCAUAUGCGUCAAGCGCCGAGUCAGGUGUGACUUGACACGCCCGACCUGCAAUAACUGUGCCAGAGGCAAUCGUCCGUGCCCAGGAUACGAUUCCGAUCUGAGGAUUUAUGAUGAAGGGUCCAAACUCCGCAAGCGAUUUGGCCAGAGGGAUGGUUCCGAGUCGAGGAUCGCGCUCGACAGCACGUCCCCCUCUACAAGCAACAACAGUCAAUCAACAGAGUCAUCACCUGAAGAAUCGACCGACCUGAUCACCCGUUUCAAUACACCGGACCUUGAAGUGAGUCGUUAUCGACCCAACCAAGCGUUACCGUCUCGAAAUCCUUUCAUUAAUCUGCUAGAGAAUCAGAUAUAUCCCGACGCUGAUCUGUUGGGUCCGCCGGUAUCAACGCAUGGAUGGGGUGGGCUUUUAAGUGAUGAGUUGAUAAACGUGGACAUCCCCUUCGAAUUGACACUCAAUGACGCCGUCUACUCCCCUCAGCUGGUUCAAGAACAGCUUCUCAACACCUUUUCUUCCUCGUUAGGUGGCCAUGGUCCACUGUUGCUUCCGCGUCAGAUGCGGAGCCAUCAAAAUUGGCUGGCGCAGCUGCCGACCCUAUUCGGAUCGAAACUCCUCGACACCGCGGUUCGCGCAGUCUCUUUGGUCCACUUGAGUCGAAUGCAGCGGACGGAAUUGUUCGUGCAAGAAUCACGACAAUACUAUGGCAAGGCGCUGCGUCUUCUCAAUCAAUCGCUGAUGGAUGACGCCAAGGGGAUGUCAACCGAGACGCUGUCGGCCACGAUUCUGCUGUCAUUCUAUGAAAUGUUUGCCUCCGACUCCAAUCAGUCCUGGGUGCGCCAUGCAGGUGGUGCGGGAACAUUGAUGCGCAUUCGUGGACCAUCUCGUCAUCUAUCAGGUCUUGAUCGAGAUGUCUAUCUUGCCUACCGCCAUACCAUCGUCAUUGAUGCUUUCAUGAGAGACGACGCUUGCUUUCUAGCCGAGCCACAGUGGAUCGAGAUGUCCAAAAAGAUUCAUGAAGAUCUGCGAGCGUCUGGCAUUCCCGGCGAACGAAUGGAUAUCUUCGACCUGGCUGAAGAGUUUUAUCUGGAGCAUAUCUUCAUUCCAACGACGUUACGAGAUGCCAGGAAUCUAGGCGAGGCUCGACGGAAGCUACCACCUGAUCAAUACGCCGCUCAUGUAGAGGCCCUUCUCGCGCGGACGCGAUUGCAUAGAGCCAACCUCAAAUCUAUCAAUCUGAGAUUCCGAGCCACACUCAAGAAACAAGGACUCGAGACCUCGACGAUGGAAACCAUGGAUCCCGUGUUCCCGAAACAGUAUGUGUUUGUCAACGUGUUUGUUGCGUCUACUCAUGUUGGCUAUUGGACAAUUAUGGUCAUCCUCAACCUUAUUUUGAAGGACAUCGAGCGAGAUGUCGCGCCCGAGAAACACGAGCUGUAUCUUAUGGAGAAUCGAGAGAUCUCACGAGAGAUGUGUCGGACUGCGCCUUUUAUGCUGACAUCAUCCUUCUUGGGACCGUUUUUCAUCACCUUCGCCCUCAGACUGUGCUUGAUGGUCUUUGAGCCUGGCCAAGAGAGGGAUUGGGUAGUGCGAAAACUCAUCCAAAUCGGCGACACGCAUAUGAGAAUGGCCUCGGACAUUCCGCCCUUUGACCCGAAGGUAAAUUUCCAUGACUAA